CCAUUUGGUUCUCUGCUCGGCUUCUGUCACUGGUGCAUCCCCGUUACAAGUAAAGAGCUGGUAGAGACUGGAGGAAAGCUUUAAGUGUGCCAGCUUGUCUGGGAGGUGCAGCUGGUUAAAGUGCAGCAGCAAGUCAUUUGCAAUGCUGGUACUGAAAGCUGCUUCAUAGAACAAUUUUGUUCUUCAGUGAUUUUAAUGCCGCAAGCAAUUAGACGCGUUUACAUGGCUUCUCUGCAGAAUGUCAAGCAAAGAUCGACACAUUGAUUCUAGCUGUUCGUCGUACAUCAAGACGGAACCGUCCAGCCCUGCCUCUCUGACGGACAGCAUCAACCACCACAGCCCUGGUGGCUCCUCAGACGCCAGCGGGAGCUACAGUUCCACCAUGAAUGGACAUCAGAACGGGCUGGACUCACCUCCCCUCUACCCUUCGGCCACAGGGCUUGGGGGCAACGGGCCGGUCAGGAAACGGUAUGACGACUGCUCCAGUACCAUCGCUGAAGAUUCACAGACCAAGUGUGAAUAUAUGCUGAACUCGAUGCCCAAAAGACUGUGUUUGGUGUGUGGUGACAUUGCAUCAGGGUACCACUAUGGAGUGGCUUCCUGUGAGGCCUGCAAGGCUUUUUUCAAGAGGACAAUUCAAGGUAACAUAGAAUACAGCUGCCCAGCAACGAAUGAAUGUGAAAUCACAAAGCGCAGACGCAAGUCCUGCCAAGCCUGCCGCUUCAUGAAGUGUCUAAAAGUUGGCAUGCUGAAAGAAGGUAUCCGCCUAGACAGAGUACGUGGAGGUCGCCAGAAGUACAAGCGCAGAAUAGAUGCAGAGAAUAGCCCAUACCUGAACCCUCAGCUAGUUCAGCCAGCAAAAAAGCCAUAUAACAAGAUUGUUUCCCAUUUGCUGGUGGCUGAACCAGAGAAGAUCUAUGCUAUGCCUGACCCCACUGUUCCAGACAGUGACAUCAAAGCACUUACCACUCUUUGUGACCUGGCAGACAGAGAACUGGUGGUGAUCAUUGGAUGGGCUAAGCAUAUUCCAGGAUUCUCCACUUUGUCUCUAGCUGACCAGAUGAGCCUUCUGCAGAGCGCUUGGAUGGAGAUUUUGAUUCUCGGGGUUGUAUACCGGUCACUUUCUUUCGAGGAUGAGCUCGUAUAUGCUGAAGAUUAUAUUAUGGAUGAAGACCAAUCCAAAUUGGCAGGCCUUCUUGACCUUAACAAUGCCAUACUGCAGCUGGUAAAGAAAUACAAGAGCAUGAAGCUGGAGAAAGAAGAGUUUGUCACCCUCAAAGCUAUAGCACUUGCUAAUUCAGACUCAAUGCACAUAGAGGAUGUUGAGGCAGUGCAGAAACUUCAGGACGUCUUACAUGAGGCUCUGCAAGAUUACGAGGCUGGGCAGCACAUGGAAGACCCACGUCGCGCAGGCAAGAUGUUGAUGACUCUCCCGCUUCUGAGGCAAACCUCCACCAAGGCCGUGCAGCAUUUCUACAACAUCAAACUGGAAGGCAAAGUCCCCAUGCACAAACUUUUUUUGGAAAUGCUGGAGGCCAAGGUCUGA